UUCUCCCUUGCUGUUUCAGAUCCCUUGUAUUGAAUGCAGAACUAUUCAUCCUUUAAUUAUUGAUGGGAUCAGACUUGCAACAUACUGCUCAUUAUAUAGUUUUCAAGUGUCUAGCUAACACACAUAGUACGAUUCAUCUUUCGAAAAUGGGCAUCCACAAUAAUAAACCAGCAUUGGUAUUGUUGUUGGUGGUGGUGUUGGGUUCUGCGAUCCGUUUGAAUAGUGCUCAAGAUUCGACAACGCUUGUUCCAGCAAUCAUAACAUUUGGGGAUUCAGCUUCUGAUGUAGGAAAUAAUGACUACAUUAUUACUCUUUUUAAGGCUAAUUAUCCACCUUAUGGAAGGGAUUUUGUUACUCAUCAACCUACUGGUAGAUUCUGCAAUGGCAAAUUAGUCACUGAUAUGACUGCUGAUGCACUUGGCUUCACUACUUACCCGGCUGCAUAUUUGAGCCCUGAAGCAUCGGGCAAAAAUCUCCUUAUUGGUACUAAUUUCGCUUCUGCUGCUGCUGGCUAUGAUGAUAAAACAGCCAUCCUCAACCAUGCAAUUCCAUUGUCAAAACAGAUGCAAUAUUACAAGGAGUACAAAACAAAGCUAGCAAAAGUUGCAGGCAGUCAAAAAGCGGAAUCCAUCAUAAAGGAUGCACUCUACAUAUUAAGUGCUGGAACAGCUGAUUUCUUACAGAAUUACUACUUCAAUCCUUAUCUUAACAAAAUUUCUACUCCUCAUCAGUAUAGUUCUUAUCUUAUCCGCAUAUUCACUCGCUUUGUCAAGGAUUUGUAUGGACAAGGAGCAAGAAGAAUUGGGGUUACUUCAUUGCCACCAUUGGGGUGUCUCCCAGCUGCUAAAACAAUGUUCGGAUUUCAUAAAAGUGGUUGUAUCUCAAAAAUCAAUAGAGAUGCCAAACAAUUCAACAAAAAGAUGAAUUCAACUGCAAUACAAUUGCGAAAGCAACUUCCUGGCCUUAAGAUUGCUAUCUUUGACGUUUUCCAGCCCAUGUAUGACCUCGUCAAUUCUCCGUCAGACCACGGAUUCGUGGUAGCAAAUCGAGGGUGCUGUGGGACAGGUAAAGUGGAGACAACAUCACUAUUUUGCAACCCAAAGUUAGCAGGGACUUGCAGCAAUGCAACAGAGUAUGUGUUUUGGGAUGGAAUUCAUCUAUCUCAAGCUGCUAACCAAGUCCUAGCUGAUACGCUUAUUAUGCAAGGCAUCUACCUACUUGGAUAACUAAUACAACCAAAAUUUGUGAAUUUUAGUAACUCAGUCGAUUGGCUAUUUAAAUUUUCACUUUGUUGGUGAAGGUUCGAUUUCUCACCUUGGGCUUCCCAGAUGUUUUUGUUUAGAUGAAGAUGAAAAUGAUGUCUUGUGUUGU